CACACACACAUACACACACACACACACAUCUACUGUCUCUCUCUCUUUCUGUCUGUCCUUCUUUCUAUUUCUCAGUCAGUAAUAAUGGAGCCCAGCAGUCCAAAGAAGAUCCAGUUCGCUGUGCCUCCGCUGCAGGGACAGCUUGACCCACAGGCCGCCGAACAUAUCCGCCGCAGAAGACCAACUCCUGCCACGCUGCAGAUCUACAGACAACCUGGCACAGAUGUUGGAGAUCAACACAAUGCCAGUGGAGACUCUCAGGCUUCAGAUUCCUCUCAGAGGAAGCAGAGCACCUAUGCCCCGCCCACCAUGAAAGGUAAGCUGGAAAGCUCUGUACCAGAGGAAGAGGAGGAGGAGGAUGGCAGUGCUCGGGAUGACUAAUCCAGCAGAGAAACCUAAGCACAAAACAGGCAGCCAAUUUAUCGUGGAUAUUCUGGACAAACCCCAGGACGGACUCCAACUCAAGUCUAGCAUCUACUGUCCAUGUCAGGGCAUCGGCUGGUGGGAGUGCUGACCUGUGUCCAGGCUUUAUAAAGAGCAGUUAAGGUUUUAAUCACAGUAGGUAAAGAAACGUGUUAAACCAGCAUCUCCUGCUUCCCUUUAAAUAAACUGGAAACGACCAAGCUGACAGUCACCUCACCACAGCUGAAGACAAACUUAGGACUAACAUUUGAGUACGAUAUUAUACAUAUAUCCCAGCACAAUUAGAAUUACCUCAGUUUCAGUUCAUAAAUAAGGUUGGAAACAUUUUUCCCUUAAACAGAAGCAACAAAGUGACAAAUAACCUCAAACUGUCACAGCUGACUUUUACACACUUUUGGUGGGAAACUAAACAUAUCAGGAUGAAGGAAAUUUGUUCAAAAUUUUUAUAUUUUAAAGUUGUACACUUAAAUAUUAAGAACAAAGAAAUCUAGAUACAUUGGAUUUUAUAUACAGUCUGCUAGUUUGGCUACUGUAAUGUAGCCAAGAAAGCUAGAUAGCUAAAGUUAGCAACACUGAGCAGCUAGAUAAAACUUAGUGGACACAUUUAUUCCCCAUAAUGUAAAAACAAAUAUGGAAUAAAAAUGUAAAAAACAGCUAAAAUGUUGCUGUCCAACUUCACUUCUACACGACUGAUAUCAAUUUCAUUUGUAUUUGUAAUACUUUCUCACCACAAGUUUUCAAAAUGUCCACUGUGUGACUGUUUGCAGGUGUUUGCAAAGCAUCCAUGAAACACACAGCUACAAACAACCUUCAGAAUUUAGCCCAAAGUUGGGCUGAUUGUCAGCUCGACCCUGAAGGAACAGAUUCUUCAAACCUUUUAUUGAACUGGAAAAGCACAAAAAACAGAAUAAUAAUGGCUACACUCAGCUGCAAAGGUCGUUGGUUUUUUCCUUUUCCUGUCUUAUUAAAUUGCAUGCCAUGAUAAAGAUCUGUUGUGUUACACUUUAAUUUCUUGUUAUUCCUUUGCCGCAGUUUUUGCUGAAAUGUCAACUUGUAACUUAUCAUUUUCAGUUGCUUAACUCAAUGAAUGGUUUAAAAGAAAUCUGCAGUCAAGCACUGAAAAUUCUCAAUUUAAUUUGCUGUAAUUAUGCAUCAUCAGACAAUCUACAGUUUAAAACUCUUUUUUUAAUAAACUGCAUUUUUGAUGAGAACUAUUAUACUAUUAUAUUACAAUGGGCUGUUUUCCUGAGUCCUGUUUUGCUUUAAUUUGUAUUUUUGGUUAUAUGCAAUAUGUAUCAUUGACACUUAUAUGUCAAAAUUGACAUUAUAUAGUCUGCACCCUUAGACACCAGGAAAUGGUCUUCCCCUUAAUAAGCUUUAAUGGGAUGCCUCCUGGUGGCUUUGCUAUGGCACAGCAAGGAAGGAUUUAAGUAGAACCUAAUUUCUAAAAGCUGUUCUCCAAUUGGCUUUUAUCCAAAAGCAACAUCUUGUUAACACUUCCAUUUACAUAUUUAUAUCAGUUCAGUUUGCUGUAGAAGCAGGAACAGCCAUGAUCAGCGUUCGGAGUGAUUACCUGUUUAAGGUCCGUACUUACUGGCUUUCAGCUCAUUCCAACGCAGGCAGCGGCACACACACGAGUUCAGGUCUGACACAGCCCUAAAGUUUAUUUUAUUCAUGUCAUUUAAGUUACAAGUUGGAAUCAGAAACACAAAAAGAAAAAAAGAAAAGAAAAAAAAAAAGAAAAUGUUAGAAAGUAAAACAGCAACCAUUCCACAUCAAAUGGCAGAAUGUGUCCACGGGUCUGUCCUUACAUGCUCAGAAUGCAAACUACCCACUCACCACAGUCCAGACAAAAUACUUUUACUUUUUUUUUUUUUAAACUGUGUUCCUGUAAAUAUGACUACUUUUCAGCCGCUUCCAGAUUUAACUCCAGCUGUGGGUAAUAGUGCCAAGCAGUAUGCAGAGUGAACUUUCAGACAGACAGAGCCCUGGGGUUAGUAUUACAUUAGCGAAGGGCUAGCAUAAGGUGAGUAUGGUUUGUGUCUCAUUAUGAAGCCCUUGCCAUGUUUGAGGAGAAAAAAAAAAUAUAAUAUAUAUAUCAGACUGCACUUUGUAAAAGUUGUCCAUCUGUCCUUUAAGGUCCUGCACAACCAUCGCAAAUACUGGUGGAUGCCCCUUCAAGCAGUGAAUGUCUCACUGAUGGUGUAUAAUAAUUUAUUUUUAAUGUCUUAUUGCAGCUCCAGUUUAUUAUUUUCUCAUUAGCGUUAUGAUUUAAUUGCCUUCUGAUGGGGAACUAGUUAAAAUUACCUUAGUAUUAAAGUUAAAUAUUUAUAUAACCUGGGAUUAGAGGGUCAGCCAUCAGCUGCUGCUGCUGCUAAGGUGCCGUUGAAACAAGGUGCCCCCCCCCAGCUGCUUCAGCAGGGCUUCAAAAGAAUGCAGAAGAAAUGUUCACACCUCAGGCUUUUUCCAGGAGCCACAAGUCGGCUUAUUCUGAUUAGAUCUAAUUUUUUAGCUUUACUCCACCGCAGACAAUACGCAGCACCCACUGAAGCUGCAGCAGGGGAUGUGAGGGUGGGGCUAUCUGCAGGUGUACCAAGUGUUUCGUCUGUUCCCGCAGUAAAAGUUUAAGAGAGCUGCCGCAGAGUCGGCGUCGACCACACACACGCCUGAAAUGGCAUUUCUCACCCAAACACUCCAACACUUCCAAGCCCUGGUACACAAUUUUUUUUUUUUAGUGUCAACACAUUUGGCAAAUCAUCAUUGUCAUCAUCAUAAAAAUAACAAAAAAUAAACAUUAAAAACAGACAGCUUCACAUCAAAGUAGAAUACAGAUAUUAUAUCUUUACCCACAAAAUGCUCAUGUUACGACUAGCUAGAAAAAAAGAAAGAAAACAUCACCAUGUUAUACAAGAGUGAGAGUGUGUGUGUGUGUGUCUGUGUGUGUGUAUGACAUGGUCAAAGAUUAGUGUUUGUAACCGUAGAUCUGCUCGGGAUGUUUGUGUAUGCGUGUGUAAACUUACAUUAACGAGCAACAUGUCUUUCAGUAUCAACACAGGAAUCCUCACCCUGCCCCCCCCCCCUCGAUAAAAGAAAUAAAAUUAUAAUAACCCCACGAAAACAUCAGAAUCAUUUGCAUUCUCAAAGUAAGCAUCCAAAAAAUCCGUCACCACAUAGUAGUAAUCAGCCGGCCACUAAAAAUCUCAAAACUUUCAUUGCAAAAACAAAAAAAAGAAAGAAAAAAAAAAAAAAAAAAGAAUAUUUUAGUGUCAACUAUAUAUAUACUAUAUAUUUAUAUUUUUG